AUGGGGGACAAGGCGCCGCCGCUGUCGCCGGAGGCUGCCGCCGCCAUGGCGGCGGCGACGGCCGUGCAGCCAUCAUCGCCCCGCUUCUUCCCCCCCUCGCCGGCGGCGGGGAAGCACCGUCGGAUCGCGAUCGCCGUGGAUCUGAGCGAUGAGAGCGCCUAUGCUGUCAGGUGGGCUGUGCAGAACUACCUCCGCCCGGGGGACUCCGUCGUCCUCCUCCAUGUGAGCCCCACGAGCGUGCUCUACGGCGCCGACUGGGGCUCCGUCGACCUCUCGGUGUCGGCCCGCGCCGCCGCGGAUGAGGGAUCCGAGGAGUCGCAGCGGAAGCUGGAGGAUGACUUCGAUGCCUUGACCACCACUAAGGCACAAGACCUGGCGCUGCCGCUGCUGGAGGCGCAGAUUCCGUUCAAGAUCCACAUCGUUAAGGAUCACGACAUGAAGGAGAGGCUGUGCCUCGAGAUCGAGCGCCUCGGUCCGAGCGCGGUGAUCAUGGGAUCGAGGGGAUUUGGCGCCUCGCGGAGAACCAUUAAAGGCAGACUGGGGAGCGUCAGCGACUACUGUGUCCACCAUUGCGUCUCUCCCGUUGUGGUUGUCCGCUAUCCGGAAGACAAGGAUGGCGGCGGAGUGGUUUCUGUUUCUGUCGCGGAGCCGGAAGAUGGUAGCGGCGCGGAGGAUAACGCGGCGGUGUAG